GCCACGCCCCCUCCCCCGCAGCUUUGCUGGCUGGACUGUGUGAGUGUGUGUAACGUGGAGACGUCACUGUUUGUCACGUGACUAAUCUGAGAGAAAAAAGACUGACUGCUGCCUGGGGCAGAGGGAAAGAUGACAGUGGACAGUGCAGUCCUACAACUUCCUGAAAACUGCGCUGUGGAACUGCUGCGGCCCAAGCAAAGCCGGAAGUAGGAGAGGAGAGGGGUUUGCAAGAGCUGUGCAGUCCAUGUGACAACUGAUCCAAGCAUGACGAGGCAGACAGAAGAGAGAAUGUGUCAUUUAUCUAUUAGCAAGGGAUCCUUCCUUCCUGGACUGAAUCGUAUAAGCGAAGGUCUAUACCUUGCAAGUGCAAAGGCAGCCAGUAACAGAACUUUGCUUGCCACACAUCGUAUCACUUGUGUUAUAAAUGUCUCUCAAGAAAUUGCUAAAAAUGAAGCUCCUGAACUCGAGUAUGUUAACAUUCCUGUAUCUGACACUCCUGACACUUGCCUUUUACAAUAUUUUGAAGACAUAGCGGACAAGAUCCACACAGUAAAAGCUGGUGGUGGAAAUACACUGCUCCAUUGUGUAGCUGGUAUCAGUAGGUCUCCUACACUCUGCCUUGCCUUCCUGAUGAAAUAUCAUGGUCUUUCCCUUCAGGCAGCACAUGAUUGGGUAAAAACGUGCAGACCUAUUAUCCGGCCCAAUUUAGGCUUUUGGACACAGCUCAUGACCUACGAAAUGUCCUUGUUUGGGAAGAAUACUGUCACCAUCAUUGACUCACCAGUGGGACCUAUUCCAAGCAUUUAUGAGAAAGAAACAAAAAACUUCGUUCCCUUUUAAAAUAGUUUUAGCUAUUACAGGCUGAAAACUUUCAUCAACUUUUUCUUUCUGAUAUUAAAAUAAAAAAACAGAA